GAGAGGGGAGACCCGCGGACUCGCAGCUCGUUCUCAGCACCUCCCUGAUACCAUGCAGCGUACAGGGAGAGGGGAAUGUUGACCAUCCAACUCCUGGCUGUGGCUCUGAUCGCCACCACCAGCCUCCCGUCUUGCAGGGGCUGGAGUGGAGAGGACUUCUUCCUGCAAUCCAACGGCACUUCUCUCAACUUCUCGUUGGCUGCCUUGGAGUUGGGCUCUGCCCCUGAGGCUGUCAAAGCUGACGGUCCCAUCGCCCAGAGCAACCAGUGCAACCUUACCGUCUUGAGACUGGUGUCCACCUCGCUGCUGGCCCGUUGGGAGAGAUCACUGGGUUUCCACUGCGACGUGCUUCUCUUCACCACCAACACCAAUGCCAGGUCGUUCUUCUCGGCGGCUUUCAACAGGGUCUUCCCCCCUCUCAUCAUCGACCAUGUGGGGGUCGGAGGCGGGGGGCAGCAGGAAUUCAAACUCUGCGUAGGGUGCGGGGGAAGCCAACGCAAGAGGAGGACACCGCUCCAAGGGCAGCAGGUCAACUUCUGUUGCCUGGACUUCAGCUUGGAGGAGCUGAGCUGGGACAAGGGCUGGAGACUCAACCGCAAGCCCAUCGAAUCCACCCUGGUGGCUUGUUUCAUGACCAUGGUGAUCAUCAUUUGGAGCGUGGCUGCACUGAUCUGGCCGGUGCCCAUCAUUGCAGGCUUCCUACCCAACGGUAUGGAGCAGAGGAGAGGCUGACGUUCGCCAGCUUGCCCCCUGGACUAUGGCCGGACGGACAACCUGAAAUUCACCGAGCUCUCCUAUCCACCGAGUCACUCCAAGGGAACAGAGUACCGGGUGUCUCUCUUUGACUGCAACCACACAUCUGUGGCAACGCACACACCUUGGUGGAACUAUCUCGAUGAGAGUAAACGUCCGGAGAGAAUUGAGCAGCAGCGGAUGGGAAGGUGUCUGUACAGAGUCUUUGGUCAUGCAACCUGUAGCCCAAUUGUCUUUCUUUUGUACUCGCACUUAGAUCUGCAAGUUUGACUUAUCAUAGCGACGGGGUUUUUGGAAGGGUCGGACCAACCUUUCUAGCAGUUUAAACACCAAGAGUACACAUAUACACGUUUAUGUUCUGGAGGAUACAGGUAAUAAGUGUAAGCUUUGAGUACUGUGGCGUACAAUCGAUUUGCUGCUUCUUGUCCUCCCGAGAUUUGGGUAACAGCAUGGUGACUUUCAUUUGUAUAUUUCUCAGACUCCGAGCAAUGCUUGUCAGAGAAUUUGCCUUUUUUUUGCAUUAUUUCAUUUUCUGGUCAAGCAAUUCUAUCUCAGUGCAAUCCCCACAACUGCCUGGUUACUGAUCAUUCAAGCAACAGACCCAAUGUUACGUAAUUACCACAAGGGACUGGGAUCAGUAGUCUGCAAAACGUGUACCCCCUCCCCGCCCCCAUUCAUCAGUUAAUUUGCGUUUACUUUCUCCUUGUACCUGUACACGUUUCUUCUCACCCCAUUGCAAUGGAUGGAGGAGCAUGUUGGGCUUGUUAAUAGUCGCCCUUUGGAUCUCAUCAAUAAAAAGUGUUUCAUUGAAAUUUGUAAAGAGAAGAAAUUUGG